ACACCUCCCUAGUCUGGGUUGCGUCGCACUCACUCCCCCGUCUGUCACACCAGACUCCGAGAAAUCUGACGUGUUUUUCGCAUUUCCUGCACCAGAGAGAGAGAGACGCAGACUGAGAGCCGUGUCGAGGGGGGGAGGCAGCCAGAGGUAUGUCCACGGGAAGUUAAGAUCAACCGCAGUGGCUGAAACCAGGCCGUGCAGGAGCAGCUGGAAUCGUCGCUUUACCCACUCACCUACCGCCUGAAUCUGCCCCUCCUCUCCGCCCCUGCUGCGGUUGUUACCAGCCGCUGUCUGGUCGCAGCGGUUCGGCUCGAACAUCCCCGAUGCGCCGCGGAGACUCCCAGCUGGCAUCUGGAGCCUUCCACGCACCGCACGGUGCAAUGCAACGCAGGCUACUGCUUCCAGGCUGCCCCGCUACAGUUAACGGAGCUUUUUAAUACCUCGAAGGUAAUAACCAUGACAGACCGAUCCACAUCUGGGGCCUUUGCUCGUGUGUUUUCUGCUAACUCGGUGCUGUUGGAGGCUGUUCAUGUUUCUUCCGUGCACUUUUAAGCUCCCCCGGGUUAACGCUCGCUUCUCUGUCGCAACAGUUUAUAUUUUGAGGGGGGGUUGUGGUUGUAGCAUAUUGGACAAGUGUAAACCAAAAAAAAACAAUUAAGACCAAAAUAAUAAAUAAAUUGGCCUACGUCUUCAUAGUUGAACUGGAAGAAUCACGGUGUCUGCCUGGAGGACCACCGGUUGAACAGAGCUGUUAUUCACACCGCUGCAGGAGUUAAUUGUUUUGGAGUGGUUGAGGAGAAAGGUGGGGGUGGUUUCCCUUUAAUCAAGUCACAGAUCAAGUAUCGAGGGGUCGCCGUCACCACCAUGGUGAUCUUCAACGGGCAGCUGAAGAUCAAGAUCUGCGAGGCUCUGGACCUCAAACCGACGGCUUGGUCCCUGCGUCACGCCGUCGGUCCAAAGACCCAGAGCUUCCUCCUGGACACGUACAUCGCCCUGAACGUGGACGACUCCCGCGUGGGCCAGACCUCCACCAAGCAGAAGAACAACAGCCCAGCGUGGAAUGAUGAGUUCACCACUGAGGUCCACGACGGCCGCAGAAUCGAGCUGUCCGUCUUCCACGACGCGCCCAUCGGCUACGACGACUUCGUGGCCAACUGCAUCAUCCAGUUCGAGGACAUCCUGCACAACGGCAGCAAGCACUUCGAGGACUGGAUUGACCUGGAGCCAGAGGGGAAGGUAUAUGUGGUUAUUGACCUAUCAGGAUCUUCCAGUGAAGCUGCGCCGGUCAACACGGAAAAUGAAGAGCGUGUGUUUCGGCAGCGGAUGCGUCCCAGGAAGCGUCAGGGCGCCGUCCGUCGGAGGGUGCACCAGGUCAACGGACACAAGUUCAUGGCCACUUACCUGAGACAGCCCACCUACUGCUCCCACUGCAGGGACUUCAUCUGGGGUGUCUUAGGAAAGCAAGGCUACCAGUGUCAAGUGUGUACCUGUGUGGUCCAUAAGCGCUGCCAUGAGCUGAUCAUUACCAAGUGUGCAGGGAUGAAGAAGCAGGAUGACACAGUCGGGGAGCCAGUCGGUUCUCAGAGGUUCAGUGUCAACGUGCCGCACAAGUUCAGCAUCCACAACUUCAAGGUUCUCACCUUCUGCGACCACUGUGGGUCUCUGCUCUGGGGCCUGCUGCGUCAGGGACUCCAGUGUAAAGUGUGUAAAGUGAAUGUGCACAGGCGCUGUGAGAGUAACGUAGCACCUAACUGUGGUGUGGACGCCAGAGGAAUCGCUAAAGUUCUCUCUGACCUCGGAGUCACACCAGACAAGAUCUCCAACAGCGCCCAGAGACGGAAAAAGCUUCCUCAGGGUCAGGACCCCCCGCAGCCGUUAUCAGUGACGCCUAAGACAGAAGACGAUCGCUCAAAGUCCGCCCCCACCUCACCGUGUGACCAGGAAGCGAAGGAGCUGGAGAACAUCCGGAAGGCUCUGUCGUUUGACCACCGAGGAGAAGAGCACAAAACACAACCCCUCUCCUCCUCCUCCUCCGCCUCGUCUGUUGCCACUGUAACGGCGGACAGUCACGGAGGUGGAGGAGGUGAUGGAGGUGGAGGAGUUGAUGGAGGCGGCGCCAAAGUGGAGGGUGAAGGAAGCCAGGAGAACGGAGACGUCAAAGGUCAUAGCGCACCUGAAAUGAAGAGGAUGCAUCUGCAUGAUUUUCUGUUCAUCAAAGUUCUGGGAAAAGGAAGCUUUGGAAAGGUGAUGCUGGCGGAGCUUAAAGGCAGCGACGAGGUUUACGCUGUCAAAGUGCUGAAGAAAGACGUGAUCCUGCAGGACGACGACGUGGACUGCACUCUGACUGAGAAACGGAUCCUGGCCCUGGCCAGAAAACACCCCUACCUGACACAGCUCUUCUGCUGCUUCCAGACUAAAGAUCGGUUGUUCUUCGUGAUGGAGUACGUUAACGGAGGCGACCUGAUGUUUCAGAUUCAACGGUCGAGGAAGUUUGACGAGGCGCGAUCUCGUUUUUACGCGGCUGAGGUCACGUCUGCUCUGAUGUUCCUUCACCAUCAUGGAGUCAUAUACAGAGACUUAAAGCUGGACAACAUACUGUUGGAUGCAGAGGGUCACUGUAAGCUGGCAGACUUUGGGAUGUGCAAGGAGGGAAUCCUCAAUGGAGUCACCACCACCACCUUCUGUGGGACGCCAGAUUACAUUGCACCCGAGAUUCUUCAAGAGCUGGAUUAUGGGCCGUCCGUGGACUGGUGGGCUCUGGGGGUGCUGAUGUACGAGAUGAUGGCAGGUCAGCCGCCAUUUGAAGCCGAUAACGAAGACGAUCUGUUUGAGUCCAUCCUCCAUGACGACGUCCUCUACCCUGUCUGGCUCAGCAAGGAGGCUGUGUCCAUUCUUAAAGCGUUCAUGACUAAGAGUCCUAACAAGCGUCUGGGCUGCGUGGUGGCUCAGGGUCUGGAGGAGGCCAUCAAGCUUCAUCCGUUCUUCAGAGAGAUCGAUUGGACGCUGCUGGAGCAGAGGAAGAUCAGACCACCAUUCAAACCACGCAUUAAAACCAAAAGGGAUGUGAAUAACUUUGACCAGGACUUUACACGUGAAGAACCCGUCCUGACGCCGGUGGACAACAGCAUCAUCAAGCAGAUCAACCAAGAUGAGUUUAAAGGAUUCUCUUACUUCGGGGACGAGACUGUGACCUAGACACACACAAUGUCACACUGCCACACUAACACAUACAUGCAUACACACCAUCACCACACCACACAACACCUAAAAUAUCUUCAAGCAAAGACACAGUAUUUAAAGAAACACAGCCUCUGGAAUGAGACCUCCUGAACUUUUCCAGAUCUGACCACUCCAGGAAUUAUACUAGACCAUAUGUAUCUCUUUUUAUUUGUUUCUGUGGUCUUGUUGUAUGUCCAUUUGUGCAUAUCCCAUCAAACUAUAUGCUCGAGCAGCAUGUAAGUGCAGGUCAGAUACUGUAGGAAAUGACCCAGUGCUCCUUUACCUAGUCCAGAUGUUUUUCUGAAAGGCAAAGCAGAGGACCAAACCAAACUCUGUGUUUUGAAGUAGAUACAUAGGCAAGGUCAUGGGCUGUUAGUGUGUGUGUGUGUGUGUGUGUUUGCACGCGAGAGAGAUAGUGUGUUUGAGUGUGCGUGCAUGCAUGCGUAGUUUCCUCUAGUAAGACUGUCAUUUCUGUACAUGAUGUGCUGUGUCCUGUGUCUCUGUGUUUAAAGAAUGUUUUUUCUUCCCUAAACAUGUAUGUGAAUGGAAAAAAAUUGAACCAGUGAUUGUAUUUAAAGAAAAAAAAGGUCUUGAAAAGUACUUUAUUCAUUAUAAAGAGAUGUCAAAAGGAGAUGCAAGAAAGCAAAGAUUGUUUUCUGAUGAAAUCAUGGUAAAAUGAGAAGUUUUGUCUGUGCUUGAUUUUAGAUCUAAUGUUAACUUUAAAAGCACCACAAAAGCAACACUUUGGCAUUUUGAAUUUUAGUUUAGUUUUAGGUCAUCAGUUAUUUUCUUACUGUAGGGAGAAGGUUGCGCUGUUUUUCCUUCUCUCUCCAUAUUUUAGCUUCUUAGUAAAUAGAUGUUCCCGUUCUUUAUUAAAAACCAAAUGGUACCAUUGCA